AAGACGUUUUUAGUGAUUUGGUGGUGGGGGCACGGGGAUAAGGUUUUAAUGCAUUGUCACGGCAUAUACAAACCACCACUGGGUUAGCUAGCAGGAGUUGAACCGGAAUGGAAUACGAUAGAUGGCGGUAACGCGCCUAAGGAUGCCAAGCUGCCGUAAAAUAACACAAAAGAAGAAGCCGACUCACAUCCGCAAGUGCUAGUCGUAGCAAGUUUGGUGACGUUGGUUUAUUUUGAUAUUUUCACAUUGAGAACAUCCCUCUCUCCACCAGUAUGUCGUGUAGGAACCCGGGAACACAGUUCUACCAGGAGCACAUAUCCAAAGUCCGUGUAAAUGCAGAAGCUGUCCUGGAGAGAGCUAAGCAGAUCCAAGGACAGAUGAACCUCAAAAAGCACUGGCAGACCGCCUGGCUACUAAAGGCUAUAACAUGUAUUGACCUCACAACACUGGCUGGAGAUGAUACAACAUCUAAUGUACGUCGACUGUGUUUAAAAGCCAUCCAACCUGUCCGAUACGAUCUACUCAAGAAGAUAGACAUGCAUGACAAAGGGAUAACUACAGCAGCGGUUUGCGUGUAUCCUUCUCGAGUAGCUGAUGCUGUUGUUUUACUGAAAAGUGCCACUAACAGCCUACCCGUUGCUUCGGUGGCCACAGGAUUCCCAGCAGGACAAACACCAAUGGAGGCACGCCUUCAGGAAGUUCGUAUGGCAGUGGCUGAUGGUGCUACAGAGAUUGAUGUCGUCAUUAACAGAACACUUGCCCUAACUGGAAAGUGGGAAGCUAUGUAUGAUGAACUUCGUCAGUUUCGGGAGGCUUGUGGUGAGGCCCACAUGAAGACUAUUCUUGCUGUUGGAGAGCUGGGAACCUUCACGAAUGUCUACAAGGCCAGCAUGGUUGCCAUGAUGGCUGGUUCAGACUUUAUCAAAACAUCCACAGGAAAGGAGGCUGUUAAUGCUACUUACGCUGUUGCCAUAGUGAUGGCAAGAGCUAUCCGUAACUACUACAUGUGUACAGGACACAAGGUGGGCUUUAAGCCAGCAGGGGGAAUUCGAACAGCUCAGGAGUCUCUGAUAUGGCUUAGUCUGAUUAAAGAGGAACUUGGCAAUGACUGGCUCAGUCCUCACCUCUUCCGCCUUGGAGCAAGCAGCCUAUUGAGUGACAUUGAGAGGCAGGUCUACCAUAAUGUCACUGGACAGUAUGCAGCCUAUAAUGAGCUUCCAAUGGCCUAAAGUUACUUUUGUGGACUUUAAACAGUGGUCAUUCUAACUGUAUUUUCUUGCAUGCAUGCAAUAAAGACUGGGACCAAUGGGUGCAACAAAUAAAAAGGAUUAUUUUGCAGAAUUUAGGUCCCAAAUAAAUAAUAAACUAUUAAACAAUUGA